AUGAAGACCACACGAUGUGGACCAGGAAGCGUGGCCAAAGCCUUCGCUUCUUGCUGCCCGGAGGGAGUAACUCAAACCGCGCGCCAAGCUGUACAAACAGUACUGAAGGGCUGGAACUACAAGAUGAACUCUGGUUCUUGCGACGUUGCGCACCCUGUGAAGAGUGUUGAGACGUCAAAUGGGUCUCCAACG